AUGGACCCUUCAGCGCCAACACCCAAAUCAAUACUACGCGGUCAUAAAUCACAGAUCCAUGCAGCAGCUUUCAUCAGAUCUAACGAGCGCCUCAUCACGGGCGACGCAGAUGGCUUCGUCGUGCUAUGGGACCUCACAAUAAUGCGCCCGCGGGCUGUUUGGCGCGCUCAUGAAAAGGCCCUUUUGGGCCUCGGUGGUUGGGGCGACGACAAGAUCAUCACACAUGGACGUGAUCUGAAGCUCAUAGUCUGGAAACUCGGCGAGGCAGAUGAGGAGCAUCUCAGCACCGCACUACCCGUGGAAGAAGUCUCGACUCCCCGAGCCCAGCCAUGGAUGCUUCAUCUUCUAGAAGUCAACACCUUGAACUUCUGCGCUUUUGGUAUCUGCUCCAGCGCGCCUGGGUCUGUCGAUACAGCCUCGGAAGUGCUGGUCGCUGUGCCUAAUACUCUGCAUUCAGACGCUAUCGAUAUUUACCAGUUACCUGCACAAAAGCGCAUUCAUACUAUCAAGGCCGGGGACAAAACCGGCAUGGCAAUGUGUCUUGCUCUGCUACAUUACAAAGACGCCCUUACGCUUAUUGCUGCUUUUGAGAAUGGUUACGUGGUCGUGCAACGUCUUGAGUCCGAUGGGCAUUGGCUUACGAUGUACAACUCACAAGCGCAUUCGCAGCCUGUUUUGUCGCUGAGCGUCUACAACGACUUCUUCAUUACUUCCAGUGCCGACUCUAUCAUCGCUAAACACCCCAUACCCAUCGAUCUAUUCUUUCCCCUAGAAGACUCCAUACCGCCUGUGAGCACAGAGCGGGUCGUCGAGAUAAUGGAUGACGAGCCUGAAGUCAAGUCAUCCUUAUCAGCAGGCCUCCAGUCAUCGUCGCGAGCAUCUACGAGUGCGCCUCCAAAGGGCAUUGCGUGGAAAGAUCCGCUCAAGAGUAUCAACACCAAGCACUCCGGACAGCAAAGUCUAGAUAUACGAUCCGACGGACGAAUCUUUGCCACAGCAGGCUGGGAUUCGAAAGUCCGCGUGUACUCUACAAAGACGAUGAAAGAACUUGCUGUGUUGAAAUGGCAUCAAGUCGGAUGCUACGCUGUUGCAUUCGCCGAUAUCAAGGUAUCAGAUCAAGCGAAUAGCUCAACUCCCAAUCGGGAGAAUGAGGCGAAAACAACAGGCAGUUUGAGUACAAGGACCGGCUCUUUGAUCAGGGCAGGAUUGAGUGUUAAAGAGCAGCGUAUAGCGACAGCACGGAAAACACAUUGGAUCGCAGCAGGGGCCAAAGAUGGUAAGAUUAGUUUAUGGGACAUUUAUUAA